AUGGGCAGCGGCGUCUCCACGAUCGCCGGCUUCGAAGCUCUGUCGCCCGCCGACCAAGCCGAAGCGCAAGCUCAGUACGAAGCUCUCGUCACCGAUGGAGCUUCGGACGAGACGGCGACGACCACCAUUCGGGCCAAAUUCACUGCGUCGACGGUGCACAUUGAGCUGCCGCAGCUCCUGGACGCGAUCGCAGCCGCCGUGGGCCGAGGCAAGACGCCGCUGGUGAUCGACGCCAGCGACCGCGUCAACACUUUCUUUAGCUACCGCCAGUGCACGCUUCUUGAUGGAAAGAAAAUGGCGAUGGACAAGAGCAUGCGCAAGGUGCCCGUACCUGCGAUCAUGGAAGAAGCGCGAACGCGGCUCGUCGGAGCGCUCAAAUGCGGUCACCCAAUCGUCGUUGCCAUGAGCCAAUGCGUCGUUGACUUUAUAAACACGUUCAAUGACGCGACACUGCCGGUCGACGUGACUCGGAACGGAACGCUGGCGUUCUUUCCGAGCGACCUCGUGUGUUCGAACGCGGGGAAAGGGCUUCUAAACCACCUCGAUGCGCUCUACCGCCCCCACGACAUGAAAGACACGAGCAACAUCCCGCUCU